CGAAAACCCACAACUCAAAACUUAAAUCAGACAACAAUGGCGGCUUCUUCCAUCCUCUCACUCUUACUUUUUGUCCUCUUCUCGUCAGUUCCCUCUGUAAUUUCAACUCUUCAACAAGAUUUCACCUUUUGUUUCCUUCAAAAUUCCGAGCUUUCUUCUCCUAUCUCAUCUGCAUUUUACAGUCAGAGCAAUGCUUCCUUCACUUCUUUCCUCGAAUCCUCUGCUCAAAAUCUCAGAUACUUAACACCAUCAAUGCCGAAACCAGAAUUCAUCUUCACACCUUUCCACGAAACCCACGUCCAAGCAGCUGUUAUCUGCUCUAAACAACUCAAUAUCCAUCUCAGAAUCCGCAGUGGAGGCCAUGAUUAUGAGGGUUUGUCUUACGUUUCACAGAUCGAGUCGCCUUUCAUCAUAGUUGAUCUUUCCAAGCUCCGGGGAAUCUACGUCGACAUCGAAGAUGACAGCGCUUGGGUUCAGGCUGGUGCAACUAUUGGUGAACUUUAUUAUAGAAUUGCAGAGAAGAGCAACAUCCAUGGAUUUCCUGCAGGACUCUGUACCAGUUUAGGCAUUGGAGGUCACAUUACAGGAGGUGCUUAUGGUCCUAUGAUGAGAAAAUAUGGACUUGGUGCUGAUAAUGUUGUAGAUGCUCGAAUUGUUGAUGCCAAUGGGAGAGUCCUUGAUCGUGCCUCCAUGGGAGAAGAUCUGUUUUGGGCAAUCAGAGGUGGUGCAGGAGCAAGUUUUGGUAUAAUUCUUGAAUGGAAAGUCAGAUUAGUUCCUGUUCCAGCAAUGGUCACAGUUUUUACCGUUACUAAAAGUUUAGAACAGGGAGCAACUGAUAUUUUAUAUAAAUGGCAACAAGUAGCUGCUGAGAAACUUGAUGAAGAUCUUUUCAUUAGAGUAAUCAUACAGAAAGGAUCAGGAACCGUAACAACAUCAUAUAAUGCUCUGUUUCUCGGCGGGGUUGAUAGACUUCUGCAAAUAAUGAAAAACAACUUUCCUGAAUUGGGUUUGACACAGAAAGAUUGUAUUCAAACAAGUUGGAUCAGAUCAGUUCUUUAUAUUGCUGGGUACCCAGGAAAUACCAAACCGGAGAUUCUACUUCAGGGAAAAUCAACAUUCAAGAAUUACUUCAAAGCAAAAUCAGAUUUCGUGAAAGAACCCAUUUUGAAAACCGGGUUGGAAGGGAUUUGGAAGAGGUUUCUCGAAGAAGACAUUCCAUUGAUGAUAUGGAAUCCUUUUGGAGGGAUGAUGAGUAGGAUUUCUGAAAACGAAAUUCCUUUUCCUCACAGAAAGGGAAACUUGUUCAUGAUUCAGUACGUGAAUGCAUGGCAAGACGGUGAAAAGAACAUGGGUAAACACAUGGAAUGGAUUAGGAAACUGUAUAAUUAUAUGGCUCCUUAUGUGUCCAUGUUACCUCGAGGUGCUUACGUGAAUUACAGAGAUCUUGAUCUGGGGAUGAACAAGAAGAAUAAUACAAGCUUUAUACAGGCAAGUGUAUGGGGAGUUAGGUACUUCAAGGAUAAUUUCAACAGGCUGGUGAAAAUCAAGACCAGAUUUGAUCCUGGAAAUUUCUUCAGGCAUGAGCAGAGCAUUCCUCCACUUCCACUUCCACUUCAAAUCUAAAGAGAAGAAGAAGAAGAAGAAGAAGAAGAAGAAGGAGAACUGGGCUUACUUAAUAUUCUUGCCUAAUGCUAAUUAUGAGUAAAUUAGGGUUGUAGGUAGGUGGGUAAGAACACAGAAAUAAU